UCCUCUCUCGCUCCCUCUCUCUCCCUCUCUCUCCCUCGAAUUUGAACGACUAUCUUGCCGCAACGAGCGUCACAAAAUUUGAGGCGGAUCGUAUGGGCCUGAAAGCGUGACCCUAGAGUGAUCCUAGAGUACGAGAGUCGUCAUCUCCGCAACACUCUCCCCAGUUGAGCACCUCGGGACGCACUCGACCCUAACCCCUCUUAUUAUGCGACCAGCAGCAACGACGUCGGAGGUACUUGGCUUCCGCGUCGACACCGAACCCGCCGAGCGCAUCUCCUUCGCCAUCCCUUUCCUUCGAACUACAAGCUUCACGGUAACCAGCUCAAAGAAAUCCUCGCCCUAAACUGCAUUCCCACUGACGUACAGAAAGCACACCCCUUCCAACCCCCGCAAAACUCUCCUCUUCGUCCAGUCGAGGGCGCCACGUAAUCCCCCGCCUUCGCCGAUUCCUCGUCCAAGACAAGCCUCUGUGCGCCGAGAAACCGAUCUCUGCCACUGAAUCCGCGUCCGAGGCCCGGCCUGCACCAUCCCCUCCGAAUUCAAGAAUUUACGACUCCUCCCAUGGCAUUCCGCCGCGCAGAACGAUGCCCGCGAUCACUGCUUCGGCCAUGCCCUCGCCUCACCUCGCUCCAACCGACGCUCCGCGCCUUCGCGUCCCCUGUCUGCGAAAUCGAAGAAUCCUCGUCGCCCCGUCUAGUCUCGUCGACUAAUCUCCCAAUUCACGAACCUAAAUGCAUCGUCCCCGUUCGCCCGCAUCCGUCCUCCUCCUCAUCCUCGUCCUCCUCCACCUCCUCCCCCGUCGUCGUUCCCUCACAAAGCUCCUGGCAGAAUUCGCCGCGGGCCCAUCAGCAGAGCGCAACCGGCCAAGUCACCAAGCCAUCGCGAGCUGCUCGUUCGUCAGCACCAGACCGCAGGCAGCAGCAGCAUCAAUGGAAGCAGCAGCAGAUGUCGAGUUCCCGAAGCCGAACGAACGCUCACGUACGCACCAAUCGAUCGUCGAAGGACGAGGACGACGAGAGGAGAUGAAACCUCUGCUGCCACCGCCGCUCGCUGCUGUGUGCCCUGGCCCGGCCCGGUCGGUCGGUCGUCAUGGCCCGAACGAGGCUCUCGAGAAGGAAACAAGUAACCUGCAAAGACUCUCUAGUCUCUAGUGCCCCAGUCGCUGUCGCUGUCCCGGUCUCUGUCCCACGGCAAGACAGGCAGGCUACUCCUACUCAUCAUCCCAUCCCACCAUUCGGCCCCUCAUUCUCUCUCUCUCUCUCUCUCUCUCUCUCUCUCUCUCACAUUCAUUCAUUCAUGUCACAUGCCGCAUUAACAGCGGGACGCUGCUCUCGCUCGCGCUCGCGCGCCCCGCUUCCCAUUUACCGUUGCUCUCGCUCUAGGAAUCUACGAUUCACACCAUGGAACCUCUCCCCUGUCUUAUUCGUCACCUUCGCCGGACGCACUCGCCGAGUGCCUCGGCCGGGUCCUCGCGGCCGACGCGUGUCCGCUCUCGGCCUCCUUUUCGGUCUGCCGACUUAAAUAAUGUUUCUGUACGAGACCCGCAGGCCUAUCGCCGAGGCCAUGGGGUUUUAUACUGGCCCCCGGGGCGCCCUGGCCCUCGUCACGGCCUCACUGCGGCCUCGAUGUCAACGGGUUCUGUUUUC